AUGAACGACUACAUGGGGCCAAUGCACAGCGCGUCUGGCUUUUACAAGACGCCUGUCAGUAAAGGUCUGUUGGGAGUCUCAUUGCUGUCAUCUUUCCUCCUUAACUUCCCCCUCCACAAUCAUCGACAUCUAUUCCUCUAUAGUCAGGCAGCUAUAGUAGAAAGACAUCAGUUUUGGAGACUGUUGACUUCGAAGCUAGCGUACCUGGACAUCAAGGACUUGUUUGUGUGUUCUUUACUUAUCUAUUACUUCCGAGUUUUUGAGCGCCGCUAUGGUUCCCACAAAUUUGCGUCAUACAUGCUGGCAACAUUUGUUGUGGGAACAGGGCUGGAGAUGGCAGCUGCAUUCUUCUUAAGGUGGCUUGGAUUUAAAUAUGAACUACUGCCAUCUGGACCGAUGUGUAUGGUAUAUCCGUUGUUUAUACCUUACCACUUAGAUAUUCCUAGAGUGGCAUUUGGUCAUAUUCUGGGUGUUCCUGUUACUGGAAAAUCCUUCCAAUAUUUUUUAGGAUUACAGUUAGCUAGUGGGUCAGCAGAGUCCAUCUUAGUAGCAGUUUGUGGACUGUUUUGUGGAAUCCUGUGGAGGAUAGAUUUUCUUAAAGUACAAACCACGUUGAAAAUACCAAAGUUUGUGGCAAGUCUAAGUUGCAGUACUCUGGGACGUAUUCUGGAGUCAAAGGCUCCAUCUGGGGAUAACACACCAAUGGGAGCCACACUAGAACUUCAACGACAAGAGCAGAUGGAGCAUCUAGAACAACAGAUGAUAUGGCAGGCUGUUCAACAGCAACAACAAGGCCAAAAUAUCAAUAUGGCACAGAAUUUGGUGAAUGGUCCUGGACUAUUUGGAAACCAAAUAGAUCUUGGAGGAUUACGAAAUAGAUUAAACAUAGGGGGAGACAAUCCACCAGGACAGGCAGUAGAAGAGCCUAUCACAGAGGAAAAUGUACAGCACCUAGUUGAUAUGGGAUUUGGUGCGGACAGGGUUCGUGAGGCACUUCAAGCUUCAAACAACAACGUUAGUGCUGCCACACAUAUUUUGCUGCAAGACUCCUAGCAAAAAUUAUUCUUUCACCAAAGUUAAUUCGUCUCAAUUUUUCAAUGACUGAUUUUUCAGCAAAGUUCAUUCAUGAUGAAAAAGGAUGCGGAACAUUUACAUUGGAAACUCGGUACAUAAUCUACAACAUUCACAGGAUUUCUUUGGAUAGAUGUUCCUAUAGAUUUUCUCACAUGUUAUUUAUGUCAAAAUGGUUUUGAAUUUUUUUUUCAUUAUAUUAAGGACAUGUAGAUUAAUCAUGAUAUUCAAUGUCAAGUAAGAAAGACUGCUUAUCACUAAACUUGUUGAUGAAAGUCCUUUUAGCAACAUGUCAUAUCAAAGAAGGGUAAACCAUCAAACUCAUUUUAUUGUGAAUUCAAGAUUCUGACCAAAGCAUACUUGUUCUCCAAACAUGUGUCACUUCAAAGUUCUGUAAAGACUGCGGACUGAUAUUCCUUAAUAUUUCAAUCAAGCACACUAAGACUAUGAUUUGACUUAGUGUAACAGAGGUCAUUGUAUUUCAAUACCUCCACUAGGGAUUGAAACAGAGGUCAUUGUAUUUCAAUACCUCCACUAGGGAUUGAAACAGAGGUCAUUGUAUUUCAAUACCUCCACUAGGGAUUGAAAC